CCGCAUCAUAGUUUGGAAUUCUCUUUCUGCUUUAUUUAUCCAUAAGGUUGUGCUUGUUUAUUCUAGCAUCUCAUUAAUAAUGUCACCAUUUUAUUAUCAUCAUAUUCAUCAUAGAAUAGAAUCUUUUUGUAUAUACAUCCAAAUAUCCUCACGAUUAUCCACUAGAAUUCAUCAAUUUUUACAAUUUUCAUUGUUUUUCUUAAUACUAAUACCGUAUUCGAUCAAAGCAUCUAGUUCGUCAACAACAUCAUCACAGCAAUCAAUCUUCAUUGAAACAAUUGCUCAUCAAUAUGCAAAUAAUAAUCAUAAACUAUUAUCACAAAAUAUUGCUUCCGAAUCGGUUAUAUUAUCACCACGAACCAUACAAACAAAAUAUGGUUCAAUUCGUGGACAUUUAAUUAAAUUAUCUCGAAAUAAUAAACAACAACGUUUCUCUUCGACAACUUCAUCAUCACACCCACAAGUGUCUUCUUCAUCUCACCCAUCUACAAUAGAUUUAUCUGAUGUGGAAACUUAUUUAGGUGUUCCAUAUGCGACACCACCUACCGGUGGUUUACGUUUUAUGCCACCGGUUACACCAACACAUUGGCGUGGUGUACGUCUUGUAACUCGUUUACGUCCCGUUUGUCCACAACAUAUACCGGCACGUGAUUAUCAUGCUAUUCGUUCAAGAAAUGAAACAGAAGCCUUACGUUGGAUGCCACGUUCUCGUUAUGAAUAUCUACGUCGUUUAAUACCAAUGCUUGGCAAUCAAUCAGAGGAUUGUUUAUAUCUAAACAUAUAUGUUCCAGCAAUUUCCACAAAUAGACCAUCAUCAUCAGAUUCACAACCAUUUCCUGUUUUAGUUAUAUUACAUGGUGAAUCAUAUGAUUGGCAUUCCGGAAACGUAUUUGAUGGAUCCAUAUUGGCUUCAUAUGGACAAGUGAUAGUCGUCACUGUCAAUUUUCGUCUAGGGAUUCUAGGAUUUCUUCCCGCUUUCACUGAUGGUACUAUUCGUGGAAAUUAUGGCCUGAUGGAUCAAGUAGCUGCAUUACAUUGGAUACAGGAAAAUAUUGGUGAAUUUGGUGGCCAACCAUCUAAUGUAACAUUGAUUGGACAUGGUCAUGGUGGUGCAUUUGCUCAUCUAUUGAUGUUAUCACCAAUGGCAAAAGGUUUAUUCAACCGAGUGAUAUUGAUGAGCGGUUCAGCAUUGAGUCCAUGGGCAAUAGCACGAGAUCCCGAACAUUAUGCUCGUGAAUUGGGUCGCAAACUAAACUGUACCGAUUUGGAUACGAUGAUCGAUUGUCUACGUACAAAAAAAAUUAGUCAUUUAAUUGCUCAAUAUGAAAAUAUUUCACCCGAAUAUUUAACCGCAUUCGGUCCAAUAAUCGAUUCGAUUGUUGUGCCUUUUGAUCCGGUUCAUAUCUAUCAUUAUCAUCAACAUCAUAAUGAUCAACUUUAUCAUUCAUCAUCGCCCUCAUCAUCUUCAUCAUCAUCAUCAUUGGAACGAGCUACGAAUUCUAAUAAAGAACGUACACAUUUUGAUCCAUUAGCAUUGGCCCGAUCAUAUGAUCUAAUGAUUGGUGUUACUGAUGUCGAUUCACCAUGUUUAUUUUCCGAUCAUGAAUCUAUCUAUGGCGUUGAACCAGAUCGCCGUGAUCGUAUACUUCGUACACUUGUACGUAAUCUUUAUGAUUAUCAUCAACAAGCUAUAUUUUUAAUUUUAUACAAUGAAUAUUCAUCAUGGAAUGCUGCCACAACUCCUAUAUCAUAUUCAUCAUCAUCAUCAUCAACUUUAUCGAAUUUAAAAACAACUAAACGAUCAUUCGAUAUACUUGAUUCGGCUAAAUCCAUACUGAGCGAUGCAUUAGUAUUUGCUCCAUUGGUUCGUACGGCUGAUUUACACUCGAAUGAAUCAUGGUCUUCAACAUCAUCAUCACAAAAAUCACCUUUUGGUGGCCGUUUAUUUUUUUACUAUUUUGAUACAAAUCAAGUGAGCCAAGAAUCAUUGUUCAAUGAAAACCGUAUUUCGUCGACAUCAUCAUCGUCAUCUCCUUUUUCUCAGUCGACCGAUCAAUUACAUUUGUCAUCAUCGAAACGAAUUGUCUGUUCUAUUGGACAUGAUUUAGCCUUUUUAUUUGGAGAUCCGAUUGCUCAACUACAAUUCGGCCUCAAUAAUCAAGUUGGUCCAUUCUAUUAUCCGGUCAAUUUGACACAAACACAUCAAAUUGUAUCAGAAUUAUUCAUACAAUAUAUUGUCAACUUUGCUCGUUAUGGGGAACCGAAUGCGCGACCAUCACAUUUUACAAUGACAUCAUCUUCAUCAUCCUCUAGUCGACAACAAUCAAAAAUCAAAACUGCACUUACUCAUCGACAUUUUUGGCCUCGAUAUGAUCUGGAACAGAAAAAUUAUCUAUUAUUAGGAUCAACUGGUCCAAAACCAAUGGAUCAUCGUCAAAAUCAUCGUCUUUCUUUAUGGCUUAAUCUUAUACCACGAUUGUUGAUUGAUGAUCAAGAUUUUUAUCAGACGAAUUUUGGUGCCAAUCUCACGAAUAAUAAUGAAUCAUUCGAUCCAAACAAUCCCCGUAAUAACAUUAUGAGAACAUCGUAUAAAUUGCCAUCACGAUUUUCGUAUUAUUCGCGAAAUUUUCCCAAUCAUUAUUAUCGUCCAAAUAAUUCUUACCCAGGAAAUGAUCGUGUUAUUAGUGAAACUUCCAAACAUGUAGCCGGAUCAAUGGCUAUGGCAUCCGAACCAUAUUCUAGUCAACAACAACAACAUGAAAAACAAUUGUAUCGACAACAUCAUCUUCUUGUUGAUUACGAUAAUCCCAAAUCCUAUGAUGGUAUUGUUCGAUCAUUUUCAAAUGAUACAAACACCUUGAAUAAAAAUAAUAACAAUAAUACGGAUUCACUUAAAUCAAACAAUUCUCACAAUUCAUCAAUUCUAGAGAAUCAUUCAGCUGUAACAGCAAAUCUUUCAUCAACAUCCUCAAUCAAUCAUAAUUGGUAUAAUGUUACACAUCAUCCAAUAAAUUCAACGGAAAUGCAUGGUAGUGAUGGAAAUCGUUUGUUGCAUACACGCUAUGAUGAUUCUGGCAUGGGAAUCGGUCAUCCAAUGUAUUAUGGACCAGUCCCGGAUGGUUCGGUAUCCUGGUGGCUAAUUAUGAUAGGCACUGCUUGCGCCAUAUUAUUCUUUAUUAAUGUCAUAUUUUUUAUCGCACUUUUUUAUCAAUUAAAAAAGAAUCGUAAAGUACAGAAAAAUCCAAAAUCAAAUAACGAAAAUAAAAACGUUGAGAUAAAUAAUAUACAAUCAAAAUGCAACUUGUCUGGUGAUCAAUCACCCAACUUAUCGACAAUGUUUGGCAAUAAAUGUGGAAAUGAAUAUCGUGAAUCAACUCGAGCCGAUCAAAAUUUAGAUGAUAAUCUUAUGAUACUACAUACGACAAGCAAUAAUAAUAAUACUUUUAAUCGUAAGAAAUCAAAUAAUAUGAAUGAUUUCUCAUACAGCAUGUAUCCGACACCUGGUGAUCAUAGACAGCCAAUAAGCUUUGAAUUAACUCCUUCGGAUAUAACAACAGCCACUACAACAACAUCAACGAAUACAAUCGGUAAACGUACAAAAACAUUAUCGUUUGCACAUCAAGGACCUGUUACAUCCGGAUUAAAUGAUCAUCAUACGACAAUUCUUUUGAAUCAUAAUUCAGACAAUAUAGAUGGAGGUACGGUUGCUACCGGAAAUUAUGUGCCUUUUUUAACUGCAACCAAUACGAAUCCAACAACAUUAUCAUCAACUCAUCCACAACAAGCCACUUAUUAUUGCCUUCAAGUUAAUGCAACAAAUCAUUCGAAUUCUGGAAAUGAUGGCAGUGAUUAUGGCGAUCAAAUGAUUGAUGAUGGCACCACAAAUACAAUUGAAAUGCAAUCCCAGCAGCCAUCAUCGACAUCAAAUACUGGAUACCAUGAAAUGUCUUUGUAAAAAUCAUUAUUUAGUUUUAACAAGUUUUUUACCUGUAAUUGUUAAAGUUUUAUU